CGGCUGUACGAGGGGUUGUCGGUUUACAUGGCGGCGCCCUGUAGAGACAUGUUUAGUUAUGUCCUACUGACUUUAUUAUAAAUCAUGUGUAAUUGUAGCACGACGUGGAUGAACUAAACAUGUGGAAUCAAGUUCGUAAGCUGCAAAAUAACCGGACAGUGAAAUACGGGGUCCCGAUGCUGCUGCUGAUCGUGGGAGGCUCGUUUGGUUUGAGAGAAUUCACUCAGAUUAGAUAUGAUGCACAGAAGAUCCAAAGAAAGUUGGACCCAGCACUGGAAGCCCGGGUGAAGAGUCAGAAACAGUCUGUCAUCCUUCAGGAGGAAUAUGAGAAAUUAAAGGAUCAGGACUUGGAUGGAUGGAAGAACAUUCGCGGUCCGCGUCCGUGGGAGGAUUCAAAGGAGCAGCAGAAUGAGCAGCGCGCUCUGCUCAAUAAAGGCACAUAACACUGAAUACUUUAAUCUCCCUCUACUGGCCUGAAGAUGUAAGCCACUUACCAAAACCAGUGCAGUGUACAUUGCUCUUUCCUGUAUAAAAAUCAGCAAUAUCUAUCUUGAUGUUGUUAUAGACUAUCUAAACCAGAUAGACUGCAAAUUUGGAUUUUACAGGCACAUGAAAUGUCAGUUUUUUUGUGGGGGGAAGGGGUAUCGUUUCUAAUACACUUUAUUAAGUAUG